GCAAUUGUCACGUAGCACCUCAAAAUGUAAACACAAACAUGUGAUAAGCUGUCAAACUUUGAAACCAGAUAAUGGCCCAGUGAAACGGGAACCUACAUGAUUAGUGGACAAGAAGAAAUCUUUACAAGACUCAAGGAAGGAAGAAAAAAGGCACAGUUAUAGAUUAUGGAUUCCCCGUCAGAAAAUAAGACAGACGUUGUAGUGAUAGGGGCAGGGAUCUCGGGUCUAGCUACACUUAAAUGUCUACAGGAUGCCGGACUUACAGCGGUUGUACUUGAGAGAACUGGAGAAGUAGGCGGGCUCUGGAUGUUCCGGGAAAACGAUUACGGUGUCAUGAGAUUUACACACAUCAAUGUAUCCAAGUACAACUACUGUUUCUCUGAUUUCCCGUUCCCUGACGACACCCCGGACUACCCGCACAACAAGGAUAUGGCAGACUAUAUCGUCGACUAUGUCAAAAACUUCAAUCUACAAGAAGAUAUCAGAUUUCACAGGAAAGUUUUAGAUAUUGAAAAAAUAGGGGAAGAAUGGCAGGUUACAGCUAAACAUGUCGACGAAGAUGGAAAGACAGUUCGUGAGUCAGAGCCGGCUGAAAUAUAUAGGUCAAAGUUCAUUGCCAUAGCGACUGGCCAUCAUGCCAAACCAAGCAUGGCUAAAUUCCCAGGACAGGAUUCAUUCAAAGGGGAGAUAAUUCACAGUGUAGAUUUUAACGAUGCAAUAACCAAUGGUAUGACAGGAAAACGCGUCCUCGUUGUUGGUAUUGGCAACAGUGCUGUGGAUGCGGCUGUGGACUGCGCAACAGUUGGGAGAUGCAAGUCAGUGUAUGUGAGCACCCGAUCUGGAGCCUGGAUUAUACCUAACUACAUAUUCGGACAUCCGACAGAUAUCUAUGCCUGUAGGAUGUUCUUCAAACUGCCAUUUGCUCUGGCCAACUUUAUAUUUGAAAAGGUCAUAUGUCUAGUCAGUGGGCAUCCAAGACGGUGGAACUUGAAUCCAAAGAUGAAAGCGUUACAGAGCCAGCCGACUGUUAGUCCCACGUUGAUUCAUCAUAUACAGAGGAAAAAUAUCAAGAUUGUACCGAAUAUUCAGAAAAUAGAAGGCAGUCGUGUGGUCUUUAUGAAUGGUGAGAGUGCAGAGUUUGACAACAUUAUUAUGUGUACAGGUUACAAGAUUGAUCUACCUUUUCUCAGUGAAAACACCCAGAAACUUGUGUUGGAUAAAGACAAAAAUGAAAUUAAGCUUUACAAGAACGUGUUCAAUCCAGAAAUCGGCCAGUCCAUGGCAUUUAUUGGGUUUGUACAGCCGGCUUCUGGUGGGGUACUGACAAUGUCCGAAACUCAGGCAAGAUGGUUUGCAGAGCUGUGUCAAGGUCGAGUGAAAUUACCCAGCAAGUCCGAUAUGGAAAGGAACAUGGAAGAAGAACGGAGAGCUUAUGAAGGCAAGUACACGAAAUCAUCUCGCCAUACGAUACAGAAAGAUCCCAUAGUUUACAAUGAUGAUCUUGCUGGAAUGAUCGGCGCUAAACCAAGUAUUUGGAAACAUCCAGACCUGGCAUGGAGGUUAAUUCUGGGAUCGUGUGGGGCUUACCAAUGGAGACUUCAGGGACCACACAAAUGGAAAGGGGCCAAGGAAGCGGUGAAUAAAGUCCCUUUAACAGAGUUGAUGCAUUAUUCUGGAAUUCUAGCGCUAGUCGUUGUAGCUGUGAUAUUGUAUUAUUGCUAUUCAUUCUUUACACGUUUGUUCUAAGUGUUAGUGACCAAACAUUUGAUACAAAAGUGGCACUGAUAUUUUGGUGCUAAGAAGUAUUUUGUUAUGACUUCUAAAGAAAUAUUUUUGUUCGCAAAACAUUUGACAAAUUAUAAAUUUUCACAAUCUUAAUGCUUGUAUGGAAACCAGCAAGUAACAGUGGUAGAUAGGAACCAGCCCAAAAUGGUGCUAUUGCAUAUGAAGAGGGAAAACAUUGUUCAGUGCAGUUGGAAAUAUAUAAUUUUAUACGCUAAUUUUUUUAAUAUUCAAAUUUUAAAUGUGUGUCAAUCUAGUCUAUGCAAAUGCAUUAUAUCUUCAGUUCAAAGACUUAGUAUUGAUGUAACAUUUCGUGUUGGGAGGGAAAUGAACGUUAGGAAAAUUGGUGUCACAUUUCAUGUAUGGAGGGGAUAAUGAUGAAAUUGUUCUACUACUAAAUUUACUUGUUGAGUAACACAACUGUGUAAUAAUUGCCAAACAUUUUAUUUAUAGUAUUGUUUACAAAAUACUUGUACAUUGUGAUUCUUUUUUGUUGUUGUUACUAAGUAACUUUAUCCUACAGUACCAUGACACACCACUGUUUAUAUGAAUCACUGUUUAUAUGAAUUUUAUUACACCACCUUGUGCAAUAGCCAUGUUACAGUUUACGUUUAGGCCAUAUAUUUGCACAUUUUAAUUGUUUCACGAUUAAAUGUUGAGCAUUUUUGUUGAAAUCCGAUUGCGCCCUGAAAGGGAAAUAAACUGUGUAUAAUCAUC